CGUGUGUAUGCGUUUGUCUGUCUGUGUGUGUGCGCGUGUUGACUGCGAGCUCUGAAGUGGCACAUGGAUCCCAUACAGUAAUAAACGCUCUUUUGCAGGUUGGAGAGAACAUGACAUAACCCGAAACGCUUAAACUUUUAUCUCGUCCACUCUUUUUUUCCCAUCUGGGACGCUGACAGCUAUAAAUACAUGUAUAUAAACAUAAUUGACGUCCUCGCGCACUGACGGUAGAAGCCACGCUGUAAAUGCGGCGCGCAGGCAGCAGCUCCCGGCUGAUCCACGGUUCCUGUGCCACUCGUCUGGGGCUGGAUCAGGCGUAGUUGUGCGUUAGGUUGUAAUAAAGAACCGGGCUGAGAUGGACGACCUGAUUCGAUCUUGUGAGCGCGAGAGAAAGUGAUGGCAGCUUCGAGUAACUCCAGUCUGUCAGGUUCCUCCGUGUCCUCCGAUCCUGAGGACUACCAGCCACCAAUAUGGAAAUCCUACUUGUACCAGCUACAGCAGGAGGCACCCAGACCAAAGAGAAUAACAUGUCCACAGGAGAUCAAGAGCAGGCCCAAGCACUAUGGUCGAGAGUUCCAUGGGCUGAUCUCUAGAGAGCAGGCAGAUGAGCUUCUGGGUGGAUCUGAGGGGGCUUACCUCAUCAGAGAGAGCCAGCGGCAGCCUGGAACAUUUACACUUGCAUUGAGGUUUGGAGGCCAGACUUUAAACUACAGGCUCUUUCACGAUGGCAAGCACUUUGUGGGAGAGAAGCAUUUCGAGUCAGUGCAUGACCUGGUCACUGAUGGCCUCAUAACUCUCUACAUCGAGACCAAAGCAGCCGAGUACAUUGCCAAGAUGACCACUAACCCCAUCUACCAGCAUGUGGGCUAUACGGCAUUACUGAGAGACAAGAUGAGCCAGCGCCUGAGCCGAGCUCGAUCGGAGUCCAAGAAAGUCACCUUUCAACAGAAUGACAAGAUCUCUAACUCACCACUGGGCAGAUGCAGCGCUCUGAAAGACGGGUCCGAGAAGCAGUGUAACUACGACAAGUUGCAUAAUUUUAAGGUACACACAUUCAGAGGCCCGCACUGGUGUGAAUACUGUGCCAACUUCAUGUGGGGUCUCAUUGCUCAGGGUGUACGCUGCUCAGACUGUGGACUGAACGUGCAUAAGCAAUGCUCAAAACUGGUGCCCAGCGACUGUCAGCCAGACCUGCGGCGCAUCAAGAAGGUUUUUAGCUGUGACCUCACCACGCUGGUUAAAGCUCACAAUACAUCACGGCCUAUGGUCGUAGACAUGUGCAUCAGAGAAAUAGAGCAAAGAGGACUGAAGUCAGAAGGGCUCUACAGAGUGUCUGGUUUUACAGAACAUAUAGAAGAUGUGAGGCUGUCCUUUGACAGAGAUGGUGAAAAGGCAGAUAUCAGUGCAAAUGCAUAUCCAGACAUCAACACCAUCACAGGAGCUUUGAAACUCUAUCUGAGGGAUCUGCCCAUCCCUGUCAUCACAUAUGACGUCUAUACCAAAUUCAUACAGGCAGCCAAAAUAAACGACCCUGACACCAGGCUAGAAGCAAUCCAUGAUGGCCUGCUGCAGCUUCCUCCUGCUCACUACGAGACUCUUCGCUACCUGAUGACUCAUUUAAAGAGGGUCACGAUGUAUGAAAAAGACAAUCUUAUGAAUGCAGAGAACCUUGGGAUCGUCUUUGGUCCAACUUUGAUGCAGCCACCAGACCAGAACACACUCGCCACGCUCAACGACAUGAGGCACCAGAAACUGAUCAUUCAGCUGUUGAUUGAGCAUGAAGAUAUCCUCUUUUAAAGCCAUGAACUGUAAAGAAUUUCCUAAAGAAUAUGUUUGGUUAUAAAAAAAAAAAUUAUGAUAAACUGUUUUAAAGUGUACAUUUCAUGUAACAUAUUCUAAAUCACCAAUAGUAGAUUAUAAGAUCAGGAAAAAUGGGAACUACUGUAGGUCCGAUCUUGAUCCUGUUUCAAUGCCCUUAAAACUUUUUAUUUAGUUUGAUCUGGUGUGGAACAAAUCAUGAGAUGAAUAAUGAUGAUAAAAUAUCAAUUCUGAUUCUAUAUAAGGUGUUUGUAUGGUACAGAAAAACUGACUGACUUCAAUGGUUAGUAUGUUGCACUGAUAAUGGUUUAAUAUUUCACAUUGGUUUAAUUUUUCGCGUUAAUGGGUUAAAAAUCGUGUUCCGUCUUUGUGGUGUGUGUAUAUGUACACGUUUGUAAUGUGUUUUACAAUACAAGACCCAACAGGAAGCACUUUUUUCUUUUCUUUUACAAAGAUUGUAAAUAUUUUGAUCUGUAUUUUUUCUGAAUUUGGUGUUGACCAUUUUAAAUGUCAUCUCCAUUCCUUUUUCCUUUUCUUAAGGAAAGGGUACGGAUGCCGUUCAGUGAGGUUGUUGUGCUUGUAUAUAUAUUAUCAUGGCUUAUUACUGUAAAUUAUGAUACUGACGAGGAACAUUUUGACCAUCUCAAACUGUGAUGUAGACAUGUGAGCCAGUGCACACGGAUGAAAGCAGUGGAUGGUGCCAUACCUCAUAAUCAGGCCAUUUAUGAAAGAAAUAAUCAUCUCUAUCUGAUGCUUUUGUCUCUGUAUGAUGAAUUUACUCAUUUGAUAUGAGAACUUUCUAAAAAUGUGUUUUAUUAAAAAAAUAUUUUCUGUGCAGGAUGAAAUUAUGACUGUAAUUUAUCAAAUUUAUUAAAUUACUUAAAUCUGAUUUAC